CUGGCGCAAUAGCACAGGAACGAUGAUACUUACACUUGACAUGGUCUUGAACUGAGUAGCGCACGCUCGACGGAUCUAUCAUCCUGUGGAUGCACGCAGGCACGGAAGCAACAAGGAACUAAAUUGUACGUGGGGUGAGCGCCAGGGCGCGCAGCUACUACUGGUCCCUCAGGCCCAAGGUUCCAUUCCGUUCAUUGGCGGAUGCUCCUAGUGCCUGCCAAUGGUUUGCACCUCGCCGCCAUCGAGAUUACUGUCCAUCCUGAUCGUCCGUACCAGCCUGUACCUGGGACGCCAGGUACGGGACGUGGUACUGGUACAAAUAAUUGGGCGGGCCCACGCGUAUUCACAGCUUCUGACAGUCUGUUUUGGCUCUUCCCCCUGCUGCCCAAGUUCUCUGAAGCACACCUCUCUAUAUGAAGCGCAUCAUCGUCGCGUGCGAUGGCACCGGCCAGUCCGCGAGCCGCGGCGACCUAUCUGUGUCGACAAAUGUCAACCGCCUCGGGCAUGCCCUGCUGAACGAACCCGGGAAGACUGGCGUGGAGCAGAUCGUGUUCUACCAGUCCGGUGUUGGCACGGCGGACCUGGGCGCGACGUUCCUGAACGCAGGCAAGCUCGUCCAGGGCGCGAUUGGCGAGGGCAUCGAGAACAACAUCGCGGAUGGGUACAACUUCGUGAUGAACAACUAUCUCCCCGGUGACGAGUUGUUCAUUUUCGGGUUCUCCCGCGGCGCGUUCACGGCGCGCGUCCUCGCGAACUUCAUCGCGCGCGUUGGGGUAUUCAGCAAGAGGUACUCGUGGGCCUUCAAGCCCGCGUUCAAGGCAUACGUCGGGGGUCCGGAGAAAUUCGACGUAUACCUGAAGCAGCUCGCGCACAGCGUUGAGCUCGAUCAGAAGUACUGGAAGCCGGAGAAAGGAGAGUACGUACCCAGGGUGUUCAAGGUCAAGAUCAAGGUCGUGGGGUGCUGGGACACCGUCGCGAGUUUGGGAAUUCCGUGGAAGCCCUUCACGAACGCGGGCGGUGUCACCGGAGAUUACACAUACUACGACGGUAUUGAACACGCCUUCCACGCGCUGGCCUUAGAUGAAUGCCGGGGCCCAUUCACUCCGACGUUGUGGUAUCUCCCCGAUGACGACGAAUUUUCCCGUAGCCAUCGACCUCCGUCAAUGCUGGUUCCCGGGCGUGCACACCAACGUGGGCGGGGGCUACCCGAUCAGACGAUCGCCGACCUGACGCUCGCAUGGAUGGUGGACCUCUGUCGGCCGUUCCUCGACUUCGACCAGCGGUACAUCGACAUGUGCGUCGACCUCGACCACCAGCCGUGGAAGAUCCGCAGCAAACACCGCGAGUCGGACCCGGACGGGUUCGACCGCAUGUACCAGGGCUGGGCGCGCGGGAAGCAGUACGACUCGUACAAGCGGGGCCAGACGUGGACGUGGCUGUAUCGCACGCCCGGCGCGUACGACCGGCCGGUCGACCGCACGCGGGAGGUGGUGCAUGCGAGUGUGCGCGAGCGGUGGACGACGCGGCCUGCGGGGCAGGAGUGGCGGCCGCACGCGCUGAAGGGCUUCGAGCCGAAGCAACGCGAGGACGGGAAGUGGGAGUGGGUGAAGGACGCUGGCAGCGGGAAACGCAUUGCCCUCGACGAAGAGCCGUUCGAGAACAAGGCGGAGGGGAGCUUCGAGUGGCUGCUCCGCUACGCCCCUGUAUUCCCAGAGCCGAAGAAAGCAGAUGACAAGUCUGCGGAGGCGGGAAAGAGCUGUAUCGUUAUGUGAUGUUGUACUGUAUGCGCCAAUAUGAGGCCCUCACUUGCAGCCAUGCAUACCGCGACCUGAGAUUUGCAUACCCGGGCCGCCCUACGGACCCACUUAGCAGUGCAUCACAUCUCUUCUACCUUCCUUGACCUCAUCACAUCCCGCUGCUGAGCCCGUGCGUGGACGUCUGGGGGAUUUGGGUCGAAUUUUCACGCCGGCGAGCUCCCGCAAUGAACUUAAGUAGCAACAUUAACCAUCGUUCGCUCUUUUCGCGCUAGAGGCCCGUAACCACCUGUUUAUCAGGAUCAGGGAUGAUCCCCACGAACAUGGCCAACAAGCGUCGCUACUAGACAGCAGACCUGAGAGUCGAAGGCAGUCAUCGAUCGUCUGCGUGUGAGGACAUACCUGGGCAGAAAUUGAACUGG